AUGUCUACAGUGGGUAAUUCCACAAGGAGGAGCAAUGUUGCCGUGAGAUUUGAUGAUACGCUUAUUCAGCAAGAUGUCGAGGCACCAUUGACGGAUCAAACACGCGGUUUCUUAAAUCAACCUGGGUAUCUGUUGGGAAAUAUAAAGCCUCAUCAUCCUGCGAGCAAUAAGAAAGCUGAAAACAGGCCGCCUAGCCCCCAAGAAGAAAGGGUCCGAAAGGGCGAGGGCUUUUCACUAGAUCACUGUGCGGAACUCCAUUGCAACGAGGAGCGGACAGUUACAUCAUUAAAUAGAUAUAACGAUGUAGGUAUUGUCAUCAAACCAAACCGACUAAGUAGGAAGUAUAGGAAGAGGAGUAAUCUGACAUCAGAGUCAAACCGGGGAGCUUUCCCGCCCAAAAGACCCCGCCCGGUCUUUGUUCAAGCUGAUCCACCCUUGAGCGUGAUAUUAAAGGGACAUAACAGCGGUAUAGAGCAGACAAAGCCAGUAACACCUUUGCUGAGCCAGCAUCCGUUGGCCGCGGGGGUAGUCACACCUGAGGUCGAGGUGCUACAACCCACACAGCGUGGCUCUAUUGACCGUGGACAAAGCCUUUGUCCUAUACAAAGGGGGGAGGCGUUGGAGACCAUUGAGAGAGCUGGUGAGAACCAGACAACAGACGGAUUUUUACAUCUGAGAGAGGUGUUAACCCCCCAUGACAACAAUGUGCUGAAUACGACCCCCUGCAUUCAUCAAAGCCCCGCAGCAGAGAGAACCCUUGCCGGAGUAGAAGAACAAGAACAAGAACGAGGAGGAUCUGAAGACCUACUUCUAUCAGAAGCAUCGCAUGUAUUGUUCCCUCCGAAUCAGGACGCAUGGCUGUGGGAUUACGAUAAUAACGUAGGUGAUUUAAACUGUUGUGACACCCUACUUGAAUACAUCUGUAGACUGGAGAGUGACAGCAUUGCAAGCGCCUGUAUGCCAGACACACCCACCCUACAUAAACAACCUGAAUCAUUCAGACCCACUGUAACUGCGACAGAUAAACGCUGUGACAAAGCUGAAAACGCCUGUAUUGACCCCGUAAAUAGAUUAGAUGUUGAUAGUGAGACCCUACUUGAAUACAUCUGUAAUCUGGAGAGUGAGAGCAUUGAAAACGCCUGUAUCGACCCCGUAAAUAGAUUAGAUGUGAAUAAUCAAGCAGAGCGUAGUUAUAUCACUAAGAAUCUUUUUGAGCCGUGUGUAGCCGUAGGAGUGUCCGAGCAACCCACAGUGCUUCAAGGGGAGUCAUUUUUCAACUAUUGCGCCGAAACUUCACUCCGUCAGUCUUCGUCAGAUGCGCGUUAUGAACAACUAGAAUCCAAAAUAGAUAGACUUAUAAAUAAUGUAGAGGCAUUGCAAACUGAUAGUAGACAAGUGCAAGUGACCGUGCAACCCGCGGUGCUUCAGGGUGAAUCAUCUUCCAAGUGUUGCGCUGAAACUUCACUCCGUCAGUCUUCGUCAGAUGCGCGUUAUGAACAACUAGAAUCCAAAAUAGACGGUCUUAUGAAUAAAGUAGAGGCUCUACAAGCUGUUAGUACACAAGUACUUGACAUAGUCGCAGCACUCGGGACAGCGUUAACCAACCAGGAGAGAUCGCUUGAAGCGGCCGAGGAGCGUCAAUUACAGAGAGUUGUUGCUCUUAAUAAAGUGUUUGCACCAGUGAUAUCAAUAUUUCAAAAAACCAUGACAAAGAAGUAAUAAAUCAGUCAGCAAAGUGUGUAAAAUAUAUAAAAAGAUAAAUAAAAACAGAUUUAAUACAAAAUGGCCCCACCUUGCAAAAAAACAAAAAAAAUCGGAGCAAAUGCAAGGGUGUGUGAUGAGACUAGCGAUGAAGAUGCAGAUUUGGUGUGUGAGGAAGACUAUAUCCGGGCAGGGUGUAAUCAUGAUGCGUAUAUACAACUGUGUGAGAAACAGAGAAAAAUAUUUGAUGCUAUGCUGAGUGAGUUAAGUAGCGAUAACUCUAGUAUGGCAGCAAUACAAGAACCAGUCAUUCUUGACACUUCCCCGCUGUCAAUUCCGAAUAAAACACCAGAAUAUUCAUGUAAUAUUCGACCCAACGUUGUCGAAGCCCCCGCAAGCGUAUAUCAAGAAUGCUCUAGACCACCCUGUUUUGAGAGGGGUCGCUCGUCCAAACGCAUCCGUACAGAGAACUGUAUCGAACCUCAGCCGUCGACAAGUGCAUACGUGGUACCUCCAAAAAAUCCUCAGGUGACAGUACAGUGUGGAGAGGGCAGAGUAUCCAGUGCUGUAUCUACAGCAGUGUCCAGAGAGAUUCCUUUUUUUAAUGCAACAGAGUUUCGCCAAGAUGUUGAUCUGCGAAAUAUUGACUUAUCCAAUAUUGAUAGCGUACCAGAACAAAUACACAGUACUCUAACAGGGUUAAUUGACAGGGCCUUAGACACUGCAACACAGGACAGUGUUUUAAAUGUAGAGUUGAGGGGUGCCGCUUUAGCUGCCCCCAUCCAAACAGUGUUGACCUCAAACGAUGAAUAUAGUGCAGACACAUUUCUGGAAGAAAUUGCAAACGCCAUGCAAAGUAACGACACCUCAUUGACCGAUGACCGUUUAGAAUUCAUUGUGACAAUAGCACGCAAUAUGUCAGGUGGGAGUGGUCGGCGAAAACUGGGGAGUGUAUGCUACGAUGAAAUACUCUCUGCAAAAGGUAACGCGCUAUAUAACCCAAUGAAUAGAGAUGACAAUGAGAAUCUAUGUUUUGCUCUCUGUCUGGCUCAUUACGUAGACUCGAGGAUGACUGAAAGUGAGAAGAUAGAUUAUGCAAAGCAGCUACAUAGGGAUGUGGGGCUUGAAUGUACGCAUAAGGUAUCGUUCUCCGAUGUUGACAGAUUUCAGAAACAUUUGAAUAUGAAAAUUGUAAUAUUUCAUCAUGCGGCCGGUCGUAAAAAACCAGAGAUCUUCAAAACACAUGAUGAACAGCAUGUGAAAACAGCAUUGUUGUAUCUACAUAGCGAUCAUUUCUAUCUCAUUGUAAACAAAACUUCCUUUUUUGGAGCUAAGUACGUGUGCGAUGCGUGCUACAAAACCUACGACAACCCCUUGGACCACAGCUGUAGUCUGAGGUGUAAUGUCUGUCUCACACCUUGUACACCGGGGAAAACUAUUAGGUGUGGCGACUGUAAACGCAUAUGCAAGUCGAAACAAUGCUUUGACAGGCAUAAAGUACCCGGUGUGAAACAUCGUCUUAUACCGUGCGACAGACUCAAAUAUUGCGAUGCAUGUCACCUGACUUACCGCGCAACGAAAAAAAAACCACACGUCUGUAGACUGCCGAAAUGCCCCCAUUGUGGAGAACAUGUAGUUGACGCAACGCAUGAAUGCUAUAUACAGCCUGUCCAAAUCGCAGAAAGUAGCGAUAAGUACAUCUUUUAUGAUUUCGAGACAAGAUACCAUGAGGGUCGUCAUGAGGCCAAUUUUGUAUGUGCUAUGGACAUGAAAGGCGAAAAAAACUGCUUUGAAACGACAAAAUGUGUGGGGUUAUUUGUCAAUUAUUACAGAAAGAAGAAAUAUAAAGGUUACACCUUUAUCGCUCACAAUGCAUCAGGUUUUGACAGCUACAUUGUGCUAGAAUAUUUGGUGAACCAGCGUGUCUGCCCUACCCUUACCAUGCGAGGAUCGAGGGUUCUUCUGAUCAAUGAUUACGCGUUCAAUCAACGGUGGAUAGACUCGUUCAGUUUUCUCCCCAUGUCUUUAGCUAAAACCCCCUCAGCCAUGGGCUUCUCCGACAUGCUAAAGGGUUUCUUCCCCCACGCCUUCAACACCCGAGAGAAUGAGAAAUACAUAGGUCCGUACCCCGAACCAGCUCUCUAUGGCUUCGACACGAUGACUGAGACGUCUAAGAAAUCAUUCUUGGAGUGGUACGACACGGUUAAGCACACACAGUUCAACCUUCGUACUGAGUUGGCACGCUAUUGCAUUAACGAUGUGGCUGUCUUGCUUAAGGCAUGUCAGAUGUACAGAGACGCGUUCAAUGAGUGUACAGGCCUGGACCCCUUUACAUUUACGACGCUAGCUGCAUCGUGCAUGGGUGUGUUUAAAUCGUUAUUCAUCCCCAAAGACACAGUGGCACUAACCUAUGAGGGAGCGUACGUUAGGCAAAACAAGGCGUAUUCAGACAUCUCAAUACAGUGGCUUCAAUAUGUAGCACACAAAGACAACAUCAGCAUCCAACACGCUCUUAACAGAGGUGAAAAGGCCUUUGGCCCCUUCUUUGUCGACGGGUACUGCGCUGCCACAAACACUUGUUAUGAGUUUAACGGUUGCUUCUUCCACGGCUGUAAUAAGUGCUAUGGUCAGGCCGAAAUCAACCCUAUCACAAGAGAAAAAAAAACACAUGGCGAGUUACUCAGAGAGUUCCGUGACAGAGUGUCAACGCUAGAGACUGUUUAUGGGGUGACGGUUGUUGUGAUGUGGGAAUGUGAGUGGAAAAGUCAGCUGUGCAAUGAUCCAGACGUUAAGGCUUUCAUAUCGACAUAUGAAAAGCCAGAGCGUCUCAAUCCUCGUGAAGCUCUCUUUGGCGGUCGCACGAACGCAAUAAAGCUGUAUCACAAGGCAGAAGGUGAUGAGAAAAUCAGAUACUAUGACUUUACAAGUCUGUACCCCACUGUCCAAGCAAAACGAGACUACCCCAUCGGUCACCCUCAAAUAAUCCACAGUGAUUUUGACGACAUAAAAACAUACUUUGGUAUUGUGAAAUGUACUGUGGCUCCCCCUAGAGGACUGUAUCACCCAGUUCUCCCCUAUCGUAGUCACGGUAAGCUGAUGUUCCCUCUGUGUGGUACCUGUGCCGAUCAGUUGAAUCAGACAGGCCGCUGUGACCACACUGACCGUGAGAGACAGAUGUCUGGAGUGUGGGUGUCGUUUGAAUUA